AUGCCUGCCGAUGCGGAAGAAGGCCACCUGAAUGCACCCCCGAUCGCGGCGCUAGCUGCUACUGGGCUACGUUCUCGCCCGGCGGCGCAAUCGACGGGACGUGCUGGUGACCAAGGCGAUCUGCGACGCCGAUGGCUGGACGGACUACCGCCCUGUCAUCUCCAAGAUGAGGCUCCGUUUGCAACCCCACAGAAGGCCACAAGGUGAGCGACCACCAGGUACAUUGAAUACCAUUUUGUUGAAUUUGCCUGCUGACCGUUUACAUUUCGGCAAUCAACUGACCCAGCGGCUAGGAGAACUGUCACCUGCAGACGACGUCUCCGUGGAAACUCGAUGCUGCCAACUGCGGGACGCCGUCCAUUCCACCGCCUCGAGAGUCCUCGGCCGCGCACGUCGUCAACACCAGGACUGCUUCGACAAAAACGACGCAGCCAUCAGCCACCUGCUCGCCGAAAAGAACAGGCUGCACGGAGCCUACCUCGACAGUCCGACCGAUGCACACAAAACGACCUUCUACCAAAGCCGCCGUCUUGCGCAGCAAUAGUUCCGAGAAAGGCAGGACGCCUACAUGACUCGCGAAGCCGAGGAGAUCCAGGAGUAUGCCGACCGCAACGGACCAGAGAAGUUCCUCGCUGGGAUCAAAGCGAUCUACGGCCCCCUAACGAAAGGAACCACGCCGCUUCUCAGCUCCGAUGGAUCAACGCUUUUGACGGAGAAGUCGCCGAUUCUGAAUCGUCCUCAAACGCUCCUUUAUAAUAACCGACGUCGCUAUCGACCAGCUCCCCCAAGUGGGAACCAACACCGAUCUGGAUCUCCCGCCCUCCCUACCAGAAACCAUCCGUGCCAUGCAACAACUCUACAGCGGGAAAGCAUCCGGCUCCGAUGCGAUCCCAGCUUAAAUCUAUAAGCACGGCGGUCGCCGACUGAUGGAUCAACUGACGGCACCAUUCCAGUGUUCUCCUCAAUUGUCUCAACGGCCACCUAAAGCGAGAACUUCUGCCGGAAAGCCAAUGCGGAUUCAGGGGACACCCCGCAACCGCUGAUAUGAUCUUUGCCGCCCGCCAGCUAAAAGUGAAGUACCAGGAGAUGAGGACUUACCUCUACACUACCUUCGUGGACUUGACGAAAGCUUUCGAUACGGUGAAUCGCGAGAUAUUGUAG